UUGGAAGGCAACAAGGGAAGACAAAAGACUUGGUCCAGAAACGACGUUCACUUUCGUCACCACGGCCAAGAAUCCUUCUGUCGUCUUCUCGCCUAUCAGCACACCCCGAUACGGCCACGAUCCUGAGACACAGGCCCCGCAAGAAAGGCGCUCAUCUGCGAAACCCACGGCAAAGCCCACGCCGAAACCGACGGCCUCGGUCCAGUCGCCGAACAACGAUCCAAGGCCACCCGGCUCGCCUGGCUCGCCACGUGAAAGUGCCAAGGUAUCGCCGAAAGCGACUUACAUGGUUACCGUAGCGCCGACCAAGAUCAUCAUCAACGACCAAACUUUUACGCAGAACGACCCCUCAGAGACAACCAAAGUGACGGUGAACGGCGAUGAGUUCACUAUUAACCCGAGUGAGGUCAUCGGUGGUGGAACGGUCGUUGAUCGGCCCGGCAACGUCGGUCGAAGCACCAUGGUCCCAUCCAGUAUUAUGGUGGGCGACUUGCCCAUUGUGAUUGCGCCCGCAGGAACGCAAAACGUUGUUGUCGUCGGUGGGACGACGUUUGGGGUUCAGGCUACCCCCAUAACGGCCGUGGUGGAAGGCCAGACGAUCACCAUUGAGCCAUCCGCCGUCGUUGUCCCGGAUCAGAACGCCCCAAGCGGCGGUGCAGCUCCGGUAACGACGGUGGUGAAAGGGCAGACCAUCACACUUGUGCCAUCAGCGACCGGUGUCCCCGGGGGAACUGCUGUUUCAUCAGGCCGUACUGCUCCACUGACGACCGUGAUCGAUGGACAGAAGACGACAAUCCAGCUAUCCGCAGCGGCCGUCCCCAAACGAACCGUUUCGAUCAGCCGUGCAUCCCCGGUGCAAACGGAGAUUGUCGUGGCAGGCGGCGAGAUGAUUACUGCCCUUGGCCCAUCCGUGGUUGUCAUUCGUUCGACCACAUUUACUUACGGACUAGUUUCAACAAUCAUUACAAAGAUUGUAGAUGACGAUACUAUUUUGAUUGGACCCUCAGGGGUCUCUGUGCGCAACAUCACCGUGGGAGGGCCUGGGGCCAAGGCCACGGACACCACGUACGAGAUUGUGGGCGGUGCUUCAGUCACGCAAGUCGGGGCAUCGGUGGUGGUUAUAGACGGUACAAGCUUCACCGUUGGGCCAGGAAAGGCAACGACGACAAAGGUGUUUGGCGGCGAGACCAUUACAAUUGGUCCGUCUGGCGUGGUUGUUUCGACGAUUACUCUCCCGUACCCGUUUGGGCCGACGGUGAUUACGACAAUCGACGUGCCUUCAACGGCGGCGGCGCCGUCGCCGGUGCCGUCUGAGACGAAGAAGAAUGGUGGUGGUGCCGUCAGGCCGGCGAGGGCAUUGACAGGGUUGCAUUUAGAGGUUUGCAUAGCGAUCGGCGUCUGGGUUCUGGGGCACAUGUUUUGAGACACACCAGGGACAUGACAUGUGCAUGUGCACGUGCUACUGGCGUUGAACGGUUCUUUCUUGAGUAUGGUGCAAAACAGGGCACGACAAGACAAGCGAGGGUUGUUUAUUCCGUACACAGGGUUGGGAAUGGGGCUCUGCAACCGCGGGAAGGGCUGAACAAUGACACCUCCAAGGGGAGGGAAGGAAUCAUGAUGGAUGGCGCGAUACGGCAGGGUCCGGCACAAGCGGAACGCGGGGUUCCGAUACAGUGCGACUAUGUGGUUAACGACGCCGACGAAAACUGUAUUAUUAUAAACUUUGAAAUGUAAACAUGAUCUACACGGUAUAUCA